AUGGCAAUGUACGCAGCAGCUUCUUGCUCAAGCAUUUGUUCAGCACGAUACGCGAGCACAUCAGGCCAAAAGCUGCAUUUGUCUGAUAGACGAAAAGAUGAAUUUUUAAUGGUUCAAGGUCAAACCGAAAUGAGCAUUGAGAGUUUGAUGCCGGAAAUCGAAGUCAGCGACAGAAGAAUCAGCAUGAAAAAGAUUGGAACGAGGCUGAAGGACCAAAUUCUUUGUCGAAAGUCGAAAAAGGCGAAGAAUCUCAGUAAAGAGAGCAAUAGUCAAGCAAUCGUGAUUGAAUUUGGAACGCCGCGGGAGCGCUCCUCGGCUCGUCUAAAAUCAGCUCGUCUCGAAUUCGCCAAAGAAAUGAAUAAAUCCCUCGCCGACGAAUCAAGACUCGACGAUUUGCUUGAUGCUAUUAUUUUCGCUGAACAAGAAGUUUUGCAUCACGAGCGCGAAUCCUUCCGAAAAUUUCUCAUCGCCUCACGAACUCGACAAUCUUCACUUCAAAGUGUGACCAAACAGCUCGACAUUCCGAAAAUACCCUCAAACAACCAUCUUUGCGUCAAUCAAAAUGCACGAUUACAAUAA